CUUCUUCUUCUUCUUCUUCGCUCUCGCAUUCAUCUGUUUUCUCUCGGUUAGCGUGCGGGCGAUCCUGUCUGUGCCUCUCUCUCGAGAAAAUAUUGUUGUCAGUGUUUUGGCGUCGCUGUAAACUACGCACCGACAAAAACUGUCCCGAGGAACACCACCACACCGCUUGUCUCUCUCCUCGCAGCUUCUGAUAAACCUUAUCGUUUCUCGAGCUCAUACUUUUUUUUUUCUGGGGUUCAUUUGACCUUUUCGGCGAUUCGAAGAUGGGUGGCCAGAACAGAGCUGGUUUCGAGGUCGCGCUCGAUCUGCCGCAGCAAGGCGGUGGCUCCAAGUGCUUCGACGACGACGGCCGUCUCAAACGAACCGGGACUCUGUGGACGGCCAGCGCUCACAUAAUCACAGCUGUGAUCGGGUCGGGAGUGCUGUCCCUGGCAUGGGCCACGGCGCAGCUCGGGUGGAUCGCCGGGCCGGCGGUCAUGUUCCUCUUCUCCUUCGUCACUUACUACACCUCCGCCCUCUUGGCUGCUUGUUACCGCUCCGGCGACCCCGUCACCGGCAAGCGCAACUACACUUACAUGGACGCUGUCCGCUCCAAUCUUGGUGGGGCGAAAGUGAAGUUGUGUGGACUGGUUCAGUACCUCAACCUUUUUGGGGUAGCCAUUGGGUACACCAUUGCAGCCUCCAUAAGCAUGAUGGCAAUCAGCAGAUCAAACUGCUUCCACAAGAAGGGUGACGACAGCCCCUGCCACUCGAGCAGCACUCCGUACAUGGUCGCCUUCGGGGUCAUCGAGAUCGUUCUUUCCCAAAUCCCGGACUUCGACCAGCUGUGGUGGCUCUCCAUCGUGGCCGCUAUCAUGUCCUUCACUUACUCGAUCAUCGGACUCGCCCUCGGCAUCGCGAAAGUCGCAGAAAAUCGCAAAUUCGGAGGAAGUCUCACAGGGAUAAGCGUUGGCGUUGUGACUCAGACCCAGAAGAUAUGGAGGAGCUUCCAGGCUCUUGGUGACAUAGCUUUUGCCUAUUCAUACUCCAUGAUCCUGAUCGAAAUUCAGGACACGGUUAAAUCCCCGCCGGCGGAGUCCAAGACGAUGAAGAAGGCCACCCUGGUCAGUGUGGCGGUCACGACUCUAUUCUACAUGCUCUGCGGCUGCAUGGGCUAUGCCGCCUUCGGGGACAUGGCGCCUGGGAACCUCCUCACGGGCUUCGGCUUCUUCAAACCUUAUUGGCUGAUCGACAUAGCGAAUGCCGCCAUCGUGAUCCACCUCGUCGGCGCCUACCAGGUCUUCUGCCAACCCCUCUUCGCCUUCAUCGAGAAGUACGCCGCGAAAAGGUUCGGGGACAGCCAAUUCAUCACCAAGGAGAUCGAGAUCCCGGUCCCAGGUUUCCGACCCUACAAGCUGAACGUCUUCAGGUUGAUUUGGCGGACCAUUUUCGUGAUCCUAACCACCGUGAUCUCGAUGCUGCUCCCGUUCUUCAACGACGUGGUCGGGUUGCUCGGCGCUCUGGGAUUCUGGCCUUUGACGGUUUAUUUCCCGGUCGAAAUGUACAUCGUCCAAAUGAAGAUCCCCAAGUGGAGCACCAAAUGGCUAUGCCUCCAGAUCCUAAGCGGAGCUUGCCUCAUCAUCACUAUAGCAGCAGCCGCGGGGUCAAUCGCCGGGGUCGUGCUCGAUCUCAAGUCCUACAAGCCUUUCGGUACAAACUACUAAUUCGCCGCCCCCGACAUCACCAGGGUCCUCGUUGCUGAUGAGGAGUCGCAAGGCAGGGGAGGAGCUUGAUUUUAGGAAUCUGCUGCUGCUUGUUGAUGUUCAUAGGAUGGUCAAGGAAGAGAAAUCACUCAAUACGUUAACCAAUAGUUGGGGUAUCGGGUUGCGGUGGAUGUAACGCCAGGUUGAACUUUGUACUCUGCUUCUUUUUUGCAAGAUAUGAAAAGAAAGAAAGACCAGCAAUUACUA